AGGUUGCUGCCUCAUUGUGCAGCUGAGGAAGAAUCUGAGUGUGUGGACUGAAGGUAACUGGGAGUGAUGGGAGCGACCUGGAUCUCAUGGAGAACAACUACAACUGUCAUCCUUACUAUUUUACAAAUCCAAGCUCUGAUCAGUGUCGAAACCAAAGCUGUUACUGGUGUGGAAGGUCAGAGAUUUGACUUCAGAUGUAACUAUCAAGACAGCCAGCAGAGCAACGCGAAGUACCUCUGCUAUGAGAAUGACAAUGUGUCCAGCAAUCACCUUAUAUGGACAGAUAAACACAACAAGUGGGUGACAAACGGACGUUUCUCUCUGUACGACAACACCACCGGGGCCUUCUUCAUUGUCAGGGUGGACAAACUCAACUCAGAGGACAGCGGGAUGUACUGGUGUGGGGUCGACAUCAGCCAACACCCUGAUCAUAUCAGUGUCAUACAACUGAAUGUUUCCCGAGGUACUGUAUCACCCAAUUUUCAAAAGGACCUCACAGUGGACAAGCUCAAUCUGCCGCUGUACCUGACUGCAGUGAUGUGUGUGGCAGCGUUACUGGGUGUGUGUCUGUUUACACUUUGUCUUCUGUUGGCUGUUAAACAGCGAAGACCAGGCCCACGGCAGAAUAGAGAGUUUUCAUCUGACUACGAGACAAUGAUGCCUGGUGUAAGACCUGAACCUGAACUCUGCUGCAGCUGUUCGUGUUCAGACUCUGCUCUUUCAGCUUUAGCGCCUCCACCACCUGACCUCUGCUCCCACUUCACAUCAAAGCAACGGGAGUCCACUGUGACUCUCGGCCAGGGUGAUUAUGUCGAUGUGGACGUACCAGCGCACAUCUGCCACUACCAACAUCUGGAUCUCAGCAGCUUAGAGGAGCACGUCUAUCACUGCCUUAAUGGAAACAGCAGGCCUAAAGACGGACCUCUGGGAGUCAAAGAGCAGAUAAUUGUUGAUACUCUUAAAGGGUGAUUUCAGGUUACAACUGCUAUUUUUGAAGCUUUGCCUAUCAUUUCAUUCUUUUAUUAUACCUAACAAAUCCGGCAGAAAGUAUGUAAUGAGUGUUAUUAUUAAUAGGAAUGAUGACCAAAACUGCAACAAAAAGAAUGAACUUUACUAUGGAUGACAUAGAGUUGAAGGGGCGUUGGCCAAUUCAAAGGUUAAUGAUUGAGAUUGAUUGAGUCAAGUAUUUUUAGUGGGUUUUUUUUUUUGUUAUGUGCUUUGUUUUUUGUUUUGUCUUUUUACCGAAUUUUGUUAUUUCUGGAUGAAAAUGCACCACUGACACUGACUGAAAACAGUUAUCACAGUCUGAGCAGGACUCUCAACUCAAGGUGCCAGAGUAAACAAAAUCCACCAAGAAUCAUGUAAUUAAUCAAAAUAAACCAAGUGCUA